UUCACCUGGCGCUUUGGUGUCGAUGUGUGUGCGCGUAAAUACAUCAGUGCCGCGUUUGCCUAUAUGCAGUCCUCCAGUCGCGCGUGCAGUAUACACGCGUACAUGUCAUACGUAUCGUGUCUCCGGGAGACAUAUACCCGGGUCCGUUUUUACCGACAAUGAGACAUUCCGUAUUUAUUUAUAAACAUAACUCCGUGUAAUCUGUGUAAUAUUAAAGUCGUCAUUUUAUAGCACAUCAAGUCGUCUACGAUUAUUUACUUUCGGUAUAUACAAAGCGACCCAGAAGGAUUUUCGCCUAGAACAGAUGACGAGGAUGAACAGUUCUUCCAUCGGUUCUGUUGGGAUCAAAACAGGAGGCCUGACCAAGAACUAAUACCUAGGGUGAGAUUGAAGACACCGUAUAGAACACCACCACUUCUUACUAUAAGUCGUAUGCUAAAAGAGUUGGAAAACGAAACAAAGAAAAAGAAAAUGGAAGUAGUUCCGAGAUGUAGAACUAGAUCAGCAUCAGCAUCACGACCAAAGCUCAGACAAUAUAUACCAAAUGAGAAUGCACCAUUGGCGAAACGUUUCAAUCGUGUAGGUCAAGGAAAUAGAUGUACAAGCCGAUAUGAAAUUUAUAAUUCAACUACUAGGCCUUUUGGGAAAAGUUACCGAGAGAUGAUAAAUUCAUCUGAUGUUAAAACAAAUCAAGAAUCUACAGAUACCAAUGAAAGUAGUACCGAGUCAACUCAAAGUGCAUAUGUAACUUGUUGUUCAGAAGUUGAAACAUUAAAUAUAACUGGAUUUCAAUGUGUAGAUGAAAAUUCCGCUAAACACCAAGUUAUUUUACAGACUACAGUGGGUGAAGAUUUAACAGAAGCAAGAAAUUAUAAUGUUAAACCUAAUGAUCAUGCUAAAGUAAUUGAAGAAAAGUUCAAAUCAACAGAAAUGGUAAAAAAGGUGGAUGAAAAACGUCUUAUGUACAAAAUGCCAACAACAUCUACUUGGAAAACUUAUCAAGAAGAACAACUGACUUAUGAACCAGAAAAUCAACAAGUUCACAAGGAAGUCGUUACCAGAUCUAGAAGUUUAUACAAUCUGCAAGAAGAACCUGUCGAAAUAUCAUUAAACAAGCCACCAUCAUUAAUAAAAGCAACAUCAGAAAACCAUUUGUUUGAAAAUAACAUAAAACAAAAACCAAUAAUUAUACAAACAACUCCGUCAAAAAAAUAUAGUAGUGCCGUUAAUUUAACUCUUGAAAAAGAAACUUCAAAAUCAAACAAAAACAUUAAGUAUAAAUCUCAAUCUGAUUUAUGUAUAAACAUUGAAGAUCCACCAACACUUGAAAGACCUAAAUCAAUGGACUUCCUUAUCCAUAAAGAAAAUAAAUCACACACAGAAACAUUGAAAAAACAUUUUUAUUAUCACCCUCUUAAGCCAAAUAAAAAACUUAAUGAUAAUGAACUGCCAGAUCCAGAUAAAGUACUAAGUACAAGACAAUUAUUUCAAAAAGAGCUAAAAAUACCACUACCGCCAAGUAUGAAUAAUCAAAAUCCAAAAACAGGACCAAGACCGACACAAGAAGUACGAGUUAUUCCAGAAACAUACAAGUCAAAACUUAAAAAAUGUGUAUCUGUCGAUAUGGGAACGAGUAUACACAAUAGAUGGACGGAUAGCGGAAGCAUUUCGUCAGGAGUUGGCAGUGAAGCAAGCUUUGACACAGAAUCAUCUGAGACGAAUCAGCGGGCUGACGGAUACAGCAGUGACGACGAAGAUUACUUAACAGACAAAACAACUGUAGAAAUAGUUGGAAGACCAGUAUCAGCUGAAAUACUUAAUAAAAUUAGAAAAUUUGGUACAAGCGUUACUUAUUAUGGCGGUAAGGUAAUAUCCAGCACCAGAGGAGAAGUAUGCAGUCCUAUGACAAUGACUAUUAUGGAUGAAAUAAGACAUCAAAAAGAAGAAAAUGUAAAGCUUAGACUAGUAAAAAGUAAUAGUUGUGGAAGUAGAAUUGAAUUAAUAGAAGAACAAAAACGAGGUGAAAAACAAGUGGAAGCCAUACAAGAAGAAGAAGAAGACGACGACGACGAUGACGAAGAACAACGAAAAACACCAAGUCAUCGAAUAACAGACGAUAAUUUGUCAAAACUUUCAAGCGCAUCUUCAGAUGAUAUGUCAUGGAAAGCUUUAGUAGUUAUUAGAAAGAAAAUGAGUACCAUACCAGUGUUUGACAUGGAAUUUGAAGAAUUUGAAAUAUUAGAUGACAAAAAUAAUUAAAACUUAAAUGAUCAAUUUCUCUAAAAAUGUCUUUGUAUUAUUAUUAUUAUUUGAAUAUAAUAUGAAAUAUAUUAUUAUUCUAAAUACUUCUUAAUUAUAAAUAAUAGUAUUGAGCAGAUAUUCUUUGUAUACUCGUACAAUUAUAUCA